AAAUUCCAUAUUAAGUGAAAUCUGUCGUUAACUACAACGUAACCCUUAGUAAAGAUCACAUUUUUGAAUCAUGGGUUAAUUGAAAAUUUACCCAUUCUUUGGAGGGUUAUGUUGGUUUAAUGUCAAUUUAGUACAAAAUUCUGUUUCUGGAUCUUCCUUUGCUUCUACUCUUUUACAGUUAAAACUUAAAACUUCGUCAUAUUGUAAUGAUUCGACCUCGCUCCCAUCAUUCCUACUUCAGCUUAGCUGAUCUUUCUCUUUACAGUUCUUGUUAACUUAAAAUUUCAUUGAAGUAGAAAUCUUGGAAGGAAAUUUUGUGGGUUUGGAGAGAGAGAGAGAGAGAUGGCUAUAGGAAGAUUUGGGCCCCAGGUGAAGCGCUCUAAUCAAUCAUACGGGUUCUUUGUGAAGCUAUCUGCAACUGUGGUAUUGGGCCUCUGCUUUGUGAUUGUAUGGUCUGUGUUUUCAAAUUAUUCUGUGACUUCUCAAAGGCAGACUUUUGAUGACAUUGCUGAGCCGGUAUCUGCUGCAUCAAAUGGGAAGGUGAGUAAUUUCGGAGUUCACUCUGAAAAAAUAGUACCCAAAAAGGAAAAAGAAAGUGGGAAGCAGAGAUUUAAGUCUGGAUUGGGUGAUAAAGACAAGAAAAUCAAUAAUGGGUCCGUGCCUUUGAAGCCAGAAAAGAAGCCGGAAAAUGGUGGUGGUGGGAAUGCGAAGCUGUCGAAAAAGGAUGGUGAAAACAAGAAUCAAGAAGAUGAAGGAUCUGAGGUGGAGGAGGAAGAGGAGGUGAUCACAGAGAAGGGAGAUGAUGAAGGUAAUGAUGGGGAUGAGGAUGCCAAUGCCAUUGCCAAUGCCAAUGAUUCUGUGGAGGAAGAUGCUAAUUUCAUCAAUGCGGAGGAGUUUGAUCAGGAAUCUUCUGAGGAGGACAAUGGUGGUUCAAGGAAGGCAAAUAGGAAGACAUCGGGUCCUGUUUUUGAUCCUAAAAAACGGUACACUUGGAAGUUAUGCAACACGAGGAGCAAGCAUAACUACAUUCCCUGUAUCGACAUUGAAAGUGCCACGGGGAGGCUGCAAAGUUAUAGGCAUCACGAGAGGAGUUGCCCGAGAUCAGCUGUCAUGUGUCUCGUGCCCCUCCCUCGUGAUGGUUAUGGGACUCCGGUUAGGUGGCCUGAAAGCAAAGGAAAGAUAUUGUAUAAAAAUGUGGAACAUCCAAAAUUAGCUACAUAUAUUAAGACACAGGAUUGGUUGGUGGAAUCUGGAGAUUAUCUCACCUUCCCACAGAAUCAGUCUGUAUUCAAGGGUGGAGUUCAGCAUUAUCUAGAAUCGAUAGAAGAGAUGGUGCCAGACAUUGAAUUGGGGAAAAACAUUCGCAUAGUUCUAGAUAUGGGAUGUAAAGAUUCGAGCUUUAUGGCUUCUCUACUUGAGAAGGACGUCUUGACUCUUACGCUUGGCUUGAAAGAUGACCUAGUGGACCUAGCACAAGUUGCUCUUGAGCGUGGUUUCCCUGCUGUAGUUAGCCCUCUUGCAACUCGGAGACUUCCAUUUCCUAGUGGAGUCUUUGAUGCAAUUCAUUGUGGCGAAUGCAGUAUCUCUUGGCAUUCAAAUGGUGCGACCAAGCUUAUCUUGGAGAUGAAUAGGAUAUUAAGGCCUGGAGGGUAUUUCAUUUUGUCAGCUAAGCAUAGCAGUAUCGAAGCCGAAGAAGCUUUGUCCACAUUGACAGCAUCAAUCUGUUGGAACAUCCUGGCUGAUAAAACCGAUGAACUCAGUGACAUAGGCAUGAAAAUAUAUCAAAAGCCAGAAGGAAAUGAUAUUUAUGAACUGAGACGGAAGAAAGUUCCGCCUCUUUGCAAGGAAAAUGAGAACCCAGAUUUUGCCUGGUAUGCUCCGCUUAAAACUUGCCUUCACAUUGUUCCUGAAGCUAUUGAACAACGUGGAGCUGAGUGGCCUGCGGAAUGGCCAAAGCGGCUUCACACAUUUCCUGAAUGGAUGAACAACAGAGAGAAGUUAAUUGCUGACAGCGAGCACUGGAGAUCUAUUGUGAACAAGUCGUAUCUAGUUGGAAUGGAUAUCGAUUGGUCAACCAUCAGAAACAUAAUGGACAUGAAAGCCAUAAGUGGAGGAUUUGCAGCUGCAGUUUCAGACCAGAGUGUUUGGGUUAUGAAUGUGGUUCCUGUACAUGCACCUAAUACACUUCCGAUAAUUUUUGAGCGUGGGCUUCUUGGUGUGUAUCAUGAUUGGUGUGAAUCUUUUGGUUCUUAUCCUCGAUCUUAUGACCUCCUGCAUGCUGAUCAUCUCUUCUCAAGGCUUAAAAACAGAUGCAAGCAGGCCAUAGUAAUUGUUGUGGAGAUGGACCGGCUUCUACGACCGGGUGGUUGGGCAAUCAUCCGCGACAAAGUAGAAAUUAUAAACCCUCUGGAAGAAAUUCUGAGAAGCCUGCACUGGGACAUCCGGAUGACUUUUGCACAAGACCGGGAGGCCAUCCUGAGUGCCCAGAAGACCACGUGGCGCCCCUGAUACCAUCCUUCAUCGCACGUCGACCCCCAACAGUUUUGACCACCAUAUUACCCUAAGGUGAGAUGGAUUUUGUACAGCUUGCUUUCUUCUUUGCUGCUACCUAAUUAUUCACAGUUCAUUUGAGUUGGUGGGAAUCUGCAGCUGCUGCCUUCAGUAUAUCCUCACCAUUUAAAUGGCUAUUUGUUGAUGCUGCUCACUAUGCAAACCUACCAAAGGUGAAUACAGACGAUGUCAUAGAGAGUGAUUUAAGGUUCCAUUAGAAUAUACUCACAUUUAUUUUCAUUUUCUUUUGCUUCUGGCCUUGCUCUUUUUUUGAGUUGUUUCCCUAAACUUUGCUCUACUAUUCUGUAACUUUGUACCUUAGUUUUUUAUUUAUAUUUUACCUGUCCAUCAAAAAGAAAUACAUCUCCAACGAAGCAAAACUCUUUUGGAAUGCUACCAAGUAAUAUGUGCAUCCGAAUGUAAAAGGAACAAUUUUGUAAGAAAAAAGAAAAUUCGACAA